AAAGAAUCAACAUGGCUGACGAUUAUAUUGACGUUAACUAUGAAUUCAAUGGCAUAAUGGGCACAAUAUUAUUAUUUAGCAGCCAUAGAGCUGCAUGGGUUGUGGUUCUUCAAAAACAUCAGUGUUAACUUCUCAACCUAAACAAGAGCAUUUUGCAUGCCCUUCACAAGUUGAGCAGUCCUCUGAGACAAACAAUUAUCAUUCCUGUCCUGAAGUAUCAAAGCAGAAGAAGGAAGUUACUACAAGUCUUUCAGACCUUGGUUUAGAGAUUUCUUUUGAAGAAGCUGCCUCCCUUCGUCUUCAUACGCCAAUGCAAAUGUGGACUGCAGUAAAGAAGACAUGUACUCCAAACAAAAAAUGGAUAGUUGAAAAAAAUAAAAGCCAAGGAUGGAAAACAAUUCGUUUGUUUGUUUCAUCAACAUUUAAAGAUUUCCACAUUGAACGUGAAGUAUUGGUGAAAGAAGUGUUUCCAGAUUUGCGUCUGUGGUGUGAGCAAAGAAAACUGCAUUUAGUCGAAUGCGAUCUUCGAUGGGGUGUUCCCAAGGAUUCCACAUCAGAAGAGACAAUAAGAAUAUGUUUGGAAGUAUUAGAUCGUUGUCAUGAAGAAAAUGUUUUACCUUAUUUUCUCAAUUUAACCUGUGAAAGAGCCGGUUGGAUUCCGACUUUUGGUGAUCUUACAUACAAUCUCGCUGCUCAAUAUGGCUGGGUUUAUGGUCUUUCUGUCACAGAAAUGGAAAUAGUUCAUGGUGCUUUUAGAAAAUGCAACCCAAAUGCGUUGUUCCUCAUUCGCGAUGGUGAUUUUGCCUCAAAAUUGCCAGAGAGUUUGAAGGAAGCUUUCGUCGACCCCGACUCAUUUGCUCAGGAUAAAUUGGUUAAGUUAAAACAAGUCAUUCGAGAGAAAUUUCCCGAAACAAAUAUUCAUCAUUAUAAUGUGGAGUACAGCAACGAACAGGUUGAUGGUAUGACCGAAAAGGAUGUCAAAUUAAAAGGUCUCAGUGGACAGGACUCUUUCUUUUAUAGAACAGUGUAUGAGUUUUUCAAGAAAAGAAUAGAGGAGCAAUAUCCUCUUGAUCCAACACCAGAAGAUCCACUUGAAGCACAGAGAACUGCACACGAAUCAUUUCUUGAUACAAGAUCACAAUGUGUGCUUGGAAGAAAUGAUAUUCUGGCUAAGAUCGAAGAUUACAUUUAUGAGAAUUUCAAGAAAGCUCCGUUGUUACUGGUUGGAAAUGCUGGAUCUGGAAAAUCUGCUAUAAUGGCGAAAGCUGCCCAUGAUGCAUUUGAGAAGUCGAGCAAUUCUGCUGCUGAAGAAAAUUCUCCAAUGCAAAUGCUGAAGUGGCGAGUUUAUUUCCAUUUUGUUGGUGCGACACCUGGCUCCACUGACUUGGCAUUCUUUCUUCAGCGUCUUACAAAAGAGUUGAGUCCCAGGAAGAGCGAUGUUGUAAGGGAUCUUGACUCUUUGGUGCAGUUGGCAAAUUCUAUACUUUCUAAUGUCAACACUCCUCCAACCAUUGUAUUUGUUGAUGCAAUAAACCAGAUGGACAGUGAUAAGCUUCAAUAUUUAACAAGAUGGCUACCAGAGGUUCUCUCACCAAAUGUCCGAAUUAUUCUCUCAAUGAUUGACGAGACAGAAUGCCAUCGUUUACUCAGAUCUUAUAAAACAAAUCCCACAGAGAUUGUAGUUGGUGAACUUGAUUAUGAAUCACGAAAGGCAAUUGUUAUCAAUACGUUGUCUCGUUACAAUAAACGAUUAGAUAACGAACAAAUGGAUCUACUUUUGGCAAAAAAGGGUUCAGCUAAUCCGUUGUGGCUCUCACUUGCAUGUGAGGAGCUUCGUGUCUACGGUGUGUUCCGAAUGGUAAAUGAUAAAAUACAAUCUUUAUCCGAUGAUUUAUUGAGUCUUGAAGUGCAAGUUUUGAAUCGGUUUGAAGAAGAAAAUGGUGGAGAACUUGUUGCCGCAACAGUUUGUCUCCUUGAAACAUCACGCCAUGGUUUGCUAGAAACGGAACUACUAGAGUUACUUGCUGACGAAAAUAAUCUUACUCCAACGGAGUACAAACCCGGCGAAGACGAGCCAUUUUCUACAAAGAAGACGGAGAAUUCGCCCGCAGAUGUUUUGACAAACGAUCCGACCAACGCUUUAGCAGACAAACUUCAAGAACAGGUUAACAUAACAUAUGUACAGACAGACUAUAACAAAGAAGAGGAUCAGAAAAAGAAAGAGGAACAGAAAAAGAAAGAGGUAGAAGGAGAAAUGAUUCAAAAGCGCCGUCGAAUUCAUCUACCAGCGGUGAAAUGGGCUAUAGUAUAUCGUGCUUUAAAGCCAUUAUUGAGACCGUGUGGGGACCUGGGAGAGGGUCGUUUGGACUUUUAUCAUCGAUCUAUUAGUAAAGCAGUUCGAAGAAAGUAUUUUAGUGGUGAUGAUGCUCGUAAGAAACAUAUGUAUACCUUCUGGCAUGGUCGUUUAGCUGAGUUUUUUGAACAUUGUGAAGAUUUCGAUAGGAAAUCAGAGGAAUUGCCAUAUCAUCUAGAGCAGUUAUUAGACAAUAAUCGACUCACACGAUGCCUGCUAGAAUGGCCUGUUUUUGAACGCUUGUACUCUGAAGACUUCAGUAUUGAUUUACUCAGAUCAUGGCAAAAGGCAGGAGGUUAUGCUGUUGCUUCUAAUCUGUACAAAGAAUCACUAACUAUUCUUGAAGACUCUGGUGCUUCAACAGCCGAGGUCGCUGAAAGAAAAUCUAUGGUCAUAACAUUCCUAAUCCAAGCUGGACAGUACAAUGAGUCUCUUGAAUUGCUGGAGGAAUUGAGAAAGAUAGAAGAAGAAAAAAUGGGAGGAAGACCUGAGAAAAUGGCUGAAAUUUAUCAGUUGAUGUCCAAGACAAAAAGUGAGAUUGUCAAAAACUAUAACUUUGUUACUCAAUCUCAGCUAAAGGAGGAUCGAGAAAUUGUCGAUUAUUGUCGUCAGUGUAUCGGCUAUCGUGAGAAAUUAUCUGGCGAUGAAAAUGAUAAUAAACUUGGUCUUAUAUACCUAGUUAUGACACAUCACUUCAGCACGAUUUGUGACAUCCAAAACUCGGAUGAUGUUCGGAAUGAAGCGUUUGCUUCCGUAGAAAAAGCAAUAGAAAUAUUUACGAGGCAAAAUGAUACUGGCCAUCUUGCUGAAGCCAUUAUGACGAAAUCUUUUAUUAAUCCACGAUUAUCAAAAUACUUUGCUGAGAAGGAAAAGAUGCUUAUGACAGCUCAGGAGUUGUGUGCCAAGACAUAUGGUGAAAAACACAUGUUGAUGUUAAGAUUAUUCUUAAAUAUUGGUAUUUUGUAUGAAGACAACCGCAACUAUGAAACAGCUUAUGAUUAUUUUGUAAAAUGGCAUGAUACAUGUAUUGAGGUCCUUGGACCCAGUCAUCCAAAGACGAAACGAGCUCAAGACACUUUAAAAGAGCCGACAUAUAUGAGAAUUGCCAGCAUGAGAACACAAAUGUCAGCUGGAACAGCUUGAUUAAUUUUGCCAUGUUGUUUUUUAAAGAACUCCAGAUGUUGUUCUUCCUUUUUUUACACCAUAAUUUGAGAGACAGUCGACCACAGUUCCGAAAUCCAGAGGAGUUUCCACAAUGAAACUAUGCUUACUUGUAAACAUUGAAUAAAUCUUGCAGACAUGUUCA